AUGCUACAGGCAAAAUUUCUGUCCCAGGAUCAAAUUAAUGAGUUCAAGGAAUGUUUUUCCCUGUACGACAAGAAACAAAAAGGCAAGAUAAAAGCCGCCGACCUGAUGGCAGUGAUGCGGUGCCUGGGAGCCAGCCCGACGCCGGGAGAGGUGCAGAGACACCUGCACUUGCACAAGAUCGACAGAAACGCAGAGUUGGAUUUCUCCACUUUUCUGAAUAUAAUGUACAGGCAAAUGAAGCAAGAGGAACCCGAGAAGGAAAUCCUCACGGCUCUGUCCAUGAUAGACAGGCAGAAGAGAGGCGUUAUCACCGUUUCAGAGCUGCGAGCCAAACUUACAAGACUAGGAGAAAAGCUUUCCGAGGAAGAAGUUGAUGACCUGCUAAAAGAAGCUAAAAUUGGACCAAACGGAACAAUAAAAUAUGAAGAAUUUGUCCGCAUCAUCUGUCUUCCUACAGUCGACUACUGA